AUGAGACAAGUCUGCUUCCACCGGUGCUCGGGGAAAUCACGCCCGGAUCUCUGGACACAUCCAAACGAACACAAUCGUAGAGUCUGAACUUCGCCCUGUCGCAGGAGGAACUUGUGUAAACGUCAGGAUGCUGCGCUUCAUCUGAUGCUGGACUAGGAGGCUGCACCGACUGUGCCGAGCACCUCUCUUCUCCCCGCGUCUGUAACAGGCUGAAAUCAUGCUCCCACAGACCAUCAUCCUGUGUGUGAUAUCACUCAGCACCGUGCACGUCGCAUCAUCUCUGCAGCUGCAACCGGACAUGCCAAAUGUUUGUGCGGAUCAGGAGUUGUCCAUGCUGGGGGCCCCUCAGCCGUGUGUCCAGGCUUUUACCCGCAUGGUGAAGGUGUGGAAACAGGGCUGCACCAACCACAGAUGGUGUAUGGGAUACGAGAGGAGGACAGCAUACUACACAGCAUACAGGCAGAGGUACAGUAUGGACAUCCACACAGUCUACAAGUGCUGCCCAGGUUGGACUCAGAGGGGUGAAGAGAUUGGCUGUCUGCAUAGGGUGUGUGCUGCCAACACAUGUUUCAAUGGAGGCCGAUGCUCUCAGACUGAAGACCAGAUAUGUCAGUGUUCACUGGGCUUCAAAGGGACAAGAUGCCAGUACGAUGUUAACGAAUGUGAAGUGGAUGAAGGCGGCUGUGAGGGUUACUGCUGCAACACUAUCGGCAGCUACUACUGCAAGUGUCCCGAAGGCAGCAGACUGGAGCCAGAUGGCAAGACCUGUCACGAUGUAAAUGAGUGUGAGGAGCUCAAUGGAGGAUGCCAGCAGAUGUGUGUCAACACACCGGGCUCUCACCACUGUGAGUGCAGCGAAGGCUUCCGCAUGCACACUGACGGUCGGACCUGCAUCCCUGUGACUUCUUGCUCAGUGUUGAACGGCGGAUGUGAGCACAAGUGUGUGGACAUGGGGAGCAAUCAUUACAAGUGUGAGUGUCGGAAGGACUACCAGCUGAAGAGGGAUGGGAGACACUGUGAAUUGGUGGACCCCUGUGAGGAGAGGAAUGGAGGCUGCGCCCAGCUGUGUCUUUCUGAGGACGGCCGGGUUCACUGCAGCUGCCGACAUGGUUUUACACUGGCUGGAGAUGCCAAGAAUUGUGAAGACAUCGAUGAGUGCAGCUCCGGCCGUGCCAAGUGUUCCCACGGGUGUGUCAACAUGUUGGGCUCCUUCAGUUGUGUGUGUCACCCAGGUUUUGAACUCGGUGCUGAUGGCAAACAGUGCUACCGCAUUGAGAUGGAGAUCGUCAACAGUUGUGAGAAGAACAAUGGAGGCUGCUCUCAUCACUGCGAGCACACCACCAACGGCCCGCUCUGUUCCUGCAACCACGGUUACCAGCUGGACCGAGACAGGAAGACUUGUGCGGAUAGUGAUGAGUGUGCCACUGGGGAGUCUUGCUGUAGUCAAGUCUGCAGAAACUACCCGGGGGGCUACGAGUGCAGCUGCAGAGCCGGCCACAGACUCAACCCAGACGGCUGCGGCUGCGAUGAUAUUGAUGAGUGCCUGGGAGAAACUUCAGGCUGCGAACACUACUGCGUCAACGCCCUGGGAACAUACGAAUGCUUUUGUCGACUCGGCUUCCGCUUGGAGCAAGAUCAGCACUCUUGUAUCUCUCUGUAUGGCAGAGAACUGGAUGAAGAGGAGGACGAGGAGGAAGAAGACGAAGAGCAGCUGGAGGUCCACAGAUUACCAGAUCUGCUCUUCCGCAAUGCUCCUCAGCUCUUGCAUUACACAGCAGCCUUACACUCCCGUUAUCCCAGUGAUGAUGAUGAUGAUGAUGGUAGUGAUGCUGGAGACAAGGAAGAAGGAUCCCAGAUGCAGAGAGAUCGCAGGGGAGAACUCAGGCUGGACAGACACAUAGUGUGUCUAGACGGCUCAUUUGGGGAUGACUGCAGUGCGAGCUGUGAAGACUGUGUGAACGGAGAGUGCGGUGAAACCAGAGACAGGUGUCAGUGUUCACCUGGAUGGACUGGGAUCAUCUGCAACAUGACUUGUCCACAGGGGACCUACGGUCAGGCCUGCAACAGUCUGUGCCGUUGUCAGAAUGGAGGCGUGUGUGACCCUGUGACUGGGAAGUGUUUGUGUCCCCCAGGUGUACAGGGCCUGCUCUGCGAGGAUGGUUGCCCAAGAGGUUAUUUCGGGGGGCACUGCACAAGAAAGUGUAACUGCCCAAACAACGGACACUGUCAUCGUCUGUAUGGAGCCUGUCUGUGCUCUCCAGGGUUAUAUGGUCGUUUCUGCCACCUGCCUUGUCCCAGGUGGACGCACGGCACAGGCUGUUCCAAGGAAUGCGACUGUGUUCAAGAACAUUCCUCUGGCUGUGACCCCAAAACGGGGAGCUGUUUCUGUAAAGCUGCACACCACGGCCCACGGUGUGAGAAAGAAUGUGAUCCUGGCUUCUUCGGUGCAGACUGUGAGCGGCCAUGUGACUGUCCAGGUGGGGGACCAUGUGACCCCAGGAACGGAGAGUGCAGCCAGCGAUGUCCUGCGGGACUUCAUGGAGAGAGAUGUCAGCUCGCGUGCAAAGCUGGGAGCUAUGGACAAAACUGUCAUCUGAGCUGUGAGUGUGGAGGAACGCUCUGUGAUCCCAUAACCGGAGAGUGCAUCUGUCCCCCUGGGAAGACAGGACCCUCCUGUCAGGAAGACUGCCCUGAAGGAUUCUGGGGGUUCAAAUGCCAGUCGUCUUGUCCUGGCUGUCAGAAUGGAGGCUCCUGCAACAAGCAGACUGGAGGCUGUGACUGCAUGCCGGGCUUCACAGGAGACCUCUGUCACAACAAGUGUCCUCCAGGUUACCAUGGAGCAGGCUGCUUCAUGCACUGCUCAUGCCACCCUGACGCCGGCUGUGACCCACACACUGGACACUGCGUCUGCCCUCCUGGCAAAAGAGGCCACGACUGUGCAACACCCUGUGAGUCUGGCUACUGGGGCCAAGGGUGCACCACUAGAUGUCAGUGCCGGGACAGAUCUGUGGGCUGUGACCCGGUCACCGGUCAGUGUGUGUGUGAGACGGGCUUCACCGGAGACCACUGUGAAGAGAAGUGUGUGAAUGGCAGUUAUGGGCAGGGCUGUGCUCAGCAGUGUCAGUGUCACAAUGGAGCCCACUGUGACCAUGUGAGUGGAGCGUGCACAUGUUCUCCUGGAUACGCCGGCACGUCUUGUGAAAAAAUGUGCCCGGACGGCUUUUACGGUCUUGACUGUGGCCAGAUGUGCGAGUGCAGGAACGGUGCCCGCUGCCACCACAUCACAGGAGCCUGCCUAUGCACCGCCGGCUGGGCAGGACCACACUGCAUUCUGGAAUGCCCGGGGGGUCACUUUGGAGAGCAGUGCAGUCAGACCUGUGAGUGUCAGAACGGAGCCAGGUGUGACCACGUCACCGGGCGAUGCAGCUGCACGGCUGGGUGGAGCGGCGGGAGCUGCCAACUGUCCUGUCCUGCAGGGCAAUAUGGGGAACACUGCUCUGGCCAGUGUCUGUGUCAGAACGGGGGCCCUUGUGACAGCGUGACAGGCCAGUGCUCCUGCCCACCCGGUUGGACUGGAGACGCUUGUGAGUUAGAGUGUGAGGAAGGACGUUAUGGAGCGAACUGCAUCCUGGUCUGUGGUUGUGCGAGCGGAGGGAGGUGUGACAAGAUCACUGGAAAGUGUGUGUGUCAGCCCGGUUGGACAGGAGAGCUGUGUCAGUCAGCCUGUUCAGAGGGAUUCUUUGGAGAGGCCUGCGAGCAGCGGUGCGACUGCGUCCACGGUGCGAGCUGCCACCAUGUGACCGGCCGCUGUGAGUGCACGCCAGGCUGGAGAGGAGCCAGGUGUGACAAACCCUGCCUGCCGGGGUCCUACGGUGCUUCCUGUGCCCGGCGGUGUCAGUGCCCGGCUGGGGUGUCCUGUCACCAUGAGACUGGGAGCUGUGGCUGCCCGGCUGGACUCACAGGGACCGGCUGUGAGAAAACGUGUCCUGCUGGUAUGUUCGGCCAGAUGUGCAGUCAGCUGUGCCAGUGUUCAGGGGAUCAGGAGCAGUGCCAUCCUGUGACGGGAACAUGUAGCUGCUUGCCGGGGUACUACGGGGCAAACUGUGGGCUACGAUGUCGAGCAGGAACUUUUGGGCCGAACUGUAAAUCCAGAUGCAGCUGCUUCAAUGGCGGUCGCUGUGACUUCAGGACCGGAACCUGCUACUGUCCUCCGGGCUUCAUUGGAGCCGACUGCAGCCUGGGUUGUGUGAGUGGUUACUAUGGGAAGGACUGUGCCAAGCCGUGCUCCUGUGGCGAAGGAGGGCAGUGCCACUCGGUAACAGGGAGGUGUAUCUGUGCCCCGGGCAGGAUGGGACAGUCCUGCCAACAAGCAUGUCCCAGAGGGCGCUAUGGCUCACAGUGCAGGAAUACAUGCAGCUGUCAGAACAGGGGUCUGUGUGACCCUGUCUCUGGGUCCUGCAGGUGUGGACUGGGCUGGACUGGACCACGCUGUGACGCAGCCUGUUCACAGGGGAAAUAUGGUCUUGACUGUGCACAGGACUGUCCAUGUUCCAACAAUGGGACGUGUGACGGUGUUACUGGCACCUGUAGCUGUACUGCCGGAUACUACGGCCACUCCUGUCAACACAAAUGCCCUUCGGGGUUUUUCGGAGUGAACUGUGCCCAAACGUGUGACUGUAAAGUGGGCCAGUCAUGUGACCACAUAACAGGCCAAUGUGCAUGUCCACCCGGCUACUAUGGGUCACAAUGCCAAAGACGCUGUGAAGCCGGCAGCUUUGGACUGAGCUGUUCCGAGUCAUGCAACUGUGCUGGCGAGGCCCCAUGUGACCCAGCGACAGGACGGUGUCUCUGUCCUCCAGGAAGGACGGGAGGGAGAUGUGAAAAAGACUGCGGUGGGGAUCAUUUUGGCCCCGACUGCUCGCUGCCGUGCAAGUGCUCCCACAGGGCCCGCUGUGAUGGGCUGACUGGCCGAUGUCUGUGUCCGCUCACCUGGCUGGGCCCCACAUGUAGUGAAGCGCUGCAGCACCAAACCUCAGGACUGCUGAACGUCUCCAUGUCCCAAAGAAAGAGAAGAGCGGGCGGCAGAAUCACAUAACCUAUAGCAGAAGGUGCAAAGUCCUGACUGGACAAUCACAGACAGGACUUGGCUUGUGCGAGGCGUUUCAGGAGCCUGUCUCUGUAAAGGUGAUGUUUUUUUUUGUGAACCAGCUGUCAGAAUGCGGCGC